GGGCCAUGAUUCAUCAAGUCCAUCCAUUUCUUCUUAUCCCUCUUAAGUUAACUUCCACUUGAUUUUAUUUUUUUAUUCAUUGUUUCUCCUUUUAUAUCUCUUUGCAUCACCUAACCUUGUCUCAUCUCAACCUCAAUUCCAACUCCAAAAGCCUCUAAUAUACUAAAACUGUUCCAAUUCAACUUUCUGACCCAGCUUAAUUGGCUGGCCUCCUGAUCCUAUAAAGUUGUCCACCUUGUGCUGUUGAUCAUCUUAUCUCACGGAGCAUAGUUUCUUGACACUCCUCCAUCCCUUCUUUCAGUUUAAUGGCGGAAUAUGGUGGCAACCCCUUCUUCAGCUGCAGGAGCUGCAAAAACCCUCUGGCUCUGCACGAAGAUCUUCUGUCAAAAAAAUAUUGGGCAAAAUCUGGGGCAGCAUACAUGUUCUCUCAUGCAAUGAACGUCAUUGUGGGACAAAAGGAGGACAGGAAGUUGAUUACUGGUGUUUUUUCUGUUGCUGACAUAUAUUGCAGCAAUUGUGGUCAAGAAUUAGGAUGGAAGUAUGUUCAAGCUUAUGAUCCGCGGCAAAUGCACAAGGAAGGCAAGUUUAUAAUCGAGAGAGCAAAAAUUCUCAAGGAGUACUAACAAUAAUACUGUCACAUCAGAGAUGAACAAGGCAAUACAUAAUUACAUACGACUACUGAGAAUAAGUCUAUUACCAUUUGGAAGUUCUCUCUUCCUUUGUGAAUAUUAUGUCUGCUUGUUGGUUCUGCUUGUUUUUGCAGCAACUGAUGUGAUGUUAUGAUUAUCUGAGAAAUAAGAUUAUGUGCUAUCUGUACCUAUUACCUAAUGUUAAAAUUUGAGUUUGUUA